CUGACCUAGCUCUACAUAUACAUCUCUUAAUCCAAUGUCAUCCCAAUCUGCUCUUUCUCCUCCAUCACAAACUACCAUGUCUGAAACUGCUGGUCUAACAGUAACCAGCUGCUUCCAACCAGGCAUUUGUGGAGAUGGGUUCAAUAAAUUUGAAUCUCUAGACAAUAUAACUCGUGCCCACGUCGAAGAGAAAAUCGACCAAUUAAAAGUAAUGGUGAGGGGACUAUUGACGUCAACUGCAUCUGGUUUAUCCCAUCAGCUGAAAUUAAUUGAUGACAUCCAGCGUUUAGGAGUGCCAUACCAUUUUCAAACAGAAUUAGGAAAAGCACUGGAAAAUAUUCAUGCUCAAUUAAUUGGACAUGAUAGUGAUCUGGACCUAUACUAUGAGUCUCUUCGUUUUCGUCUAUUAAGACAACAUGGAUAUAACAUUUCAUCUGAUAUAUUCAGCAAAUUCAAAGAUGCACAAGGUUCCUUCCAGAAGAGCUUAAGUACCGAUGUUCUGGGGUUGCUAAGCUUGUACGAAGCAACACAUUUUAGGGUACAUGGAGAAGAAAUACUUGAAGAGGCUCUUGUUUUCACCACCAAGAACCUUGAAUUGGCCAUUAGCCAGGUGAGCUACCCACUAACAGCACAAAUAUCUGAAGCCCUAGAAAGACCUCUGCGGAAAUGUCCAGAAAGAAUAUCUGCCAGGAAGUACAUGCCAAUCUACCAAGCCAGGACUACGCAUAAUGAAGCAUUACUGAAAUUGGCAAAGUUAGACUUCAAUCUGGUUCAAUAUUUACACAAAGAAGAGCUUAGUGAGGUUACCGGGUGGUGGAAGGAGCAAGAGUUUGAAAAGAAAUUCCCUCUUGCAAGGCACAGGAUUGUGGAGUGUUACUUUUGGAUGGUGGGUAUGUAUUAUGAACCUCAAUACUCGUUUGGGAGAAAAACUGGAGCAAAAUUGUGUGCUUUAGCUACAAUGUUGGAUGAUGCCUUCGAUUCAUAUGGUGCCACAUAUGAAGAACUCAAGAUAUUUCGUGAAGCAUUUGACAGAUGGGACAUCAACUUUUGCAUGGAUGGCUUACCAACAAACAUGAAAAUAUAUUAUCAUGCACUUUUGAGUGCAAUGAAAGAAAUUGAAGAGGACCUGGAGAAACAAGGACUAGCAUACCAAGCUCACUAUGGAAAACAAGUUUUGAAGAAUCAGGCAAGAGACUACCUCAUCGAGGCCAAAUGGGUCAGCGAAGGACGAACCCUAACCAUGGAGGAAUACAUGCCUGUUAGAGCACGUUCUUCUGGUGCUUGUAUGACUGUAGUGUUCGCUGCAUUUGGAAUGAGCGGUAAUGUUACCAAAGAAUCAUUCGACUGGAUUUUGCAGUGGCCUAAAAGUGUUUGGGCUGCCGCUGUCCAUUUCAGGCUCAUGGAUGACAUUGGGGGGAGCAACGUUGAGAAAGAACCGGGGGAUUCUGCUUCUUGUAUUGAUAUAUAUAUGAAGCAAUACGGGGUCUCAUUGGAGGAGGCAAUCGAUGUGUUUAACAAGCAAAUUGCGGAUUGCUGGAAGGAUAUAAAUGAGGAUUUUAUAAGACCAAUUCCUGCGCCAGUGCCUGUGCUCAUGCUCCCUCUUAAUUUCUCAAGAAAUGCUGAUCUGAUAUACAAAGAAAACGACGGAUUCAAACAUGUCGGGAAAGUAGUAAAACAUGGUAUCGAUGCACUUUUCGGUGAUCCAGUGCCACUCGAGUAAGAUUAUGUGCUUCGAAAGAAUCAGUAUUAUGCUUACCAAUAAUAAGUUGAUCAUUCAUAUACGUAUUGUGUUGUUGUUCCUGCUAUUAAGAAGCUGUGCUCUCGAUCGACACCCUUUUCCUUAACUCAAGCCUCUGUGUUGUGUUGUAUGCCUUGUACUGGUACUGUGGCAACCUGUUUACC